ACUUUUAAAUAAGAAUGCCUUGUUCUUUCCCGGGUUUAAGACUCCAGCUUUUUUUGUGUUUCUGUUUAAUAGGAAAUACUCAAUUUAUUUUUGAACAUUCUUUUGAUGACGGUAACACAUUUCAAGAAAGGGGUAAACUUUGUAUUAAUACCUCGUCAAUUCGUGAAAAUUUUUUAUCUCAGCUAAACAAGGACCAACUUUUGGAACUUGCGAAUAAAGACGGCUUUUAUUUGCUUCGUAUCAAUACUUAUCCCGAUUCCCUCACUCAUGUUAUGACAUUAACGCCGGCUAGAUUUUUAUUUUGCUCCAACUUUCACGAUGUUCUUACUGUACAUCUUAGUCCAAAGGGGAGUGUAAUAGCUAUGGAUCUCAGCCCUACUAACAAAACGUGCCGUUUGGAAGUCAAUUAUGGAUUUAAAGGUAAUGUAACUGUUGUUUUUAAGUCGAAAGUCCUCUUGGCCAAGUCAGUUAUUAAAGGAACAAUGCCGGUUGUUAAUAAAAAAAUCAGGCAGGAGGUUGACGAGCAGCUUCUGAGAUACCAAAUGCAGAAUAGUAACAACGGAAGUAAAAAGUCUAGUCCACUUGUGCCUACCGAAAACGAAGGAUUCUUUCAAAAAUACUGGAUAUACUUCAUUCCCGGCCUGUUGUUCUACUUGAUGCUUAAGUCAAUUCCUGAACAGCCGACAGAAGCGGGAGGCUCUCCUCAAUAA